CUUUUUUUCUUAAGUACCUGAAUUUUGUGAAACCGAAUGGUUUCAACACACCGAAGUGUGUUUGCGGCUUACUUUUGGCAUCAUAUAGUGAUAAUACUCUUAUAGCCUUGCUAAUUAUGUCGCUUGUGUUUAGAAUUGGAAACCUAUAAGGAAUAGAAGAAAUUUAUUGUCAUGCGCUUACACUUGAAUUUAGUUGGACUUUUGGUAUAUUUUCUGGCGCCCUUACUUCAAAUUCACGCUUUUCGCAGCUCAGGAAAUUGCUCACUCGUCUACGAGAUACCCUUUAAAUUCGUGUGCAAGGGUAAAGUGACUAAAGAUAUGCACACCUUGUUUCGGGACAACCGAGCACCACCGGGCACGUCCUACAGCGUGUGGCACAGCGAGGAGGACGCCGACGACGUUUCGAUGGUCCUGAUUACGUUCCACACCCCGCAACUGUCAGACCUGGACUUCAUCGCUCUGGAUAAAAAUGUGUUUAUGCUUAGCCAAUUCUUCGUAGGGACUUCAGGGAACGGAUCCUUCCAAACUAUACUUGUCUCACCGUCUACACUCCACUGCUUCCCCUUCAGUCUGCGCUAUCCGAGAGAGCUAGAGAGGCAUUGCCUCGGAGAAGACUUGGGUGAUGGAGACGAUGUCACCAAGAAGCCGAUCCUGUUCUACGGCUCCCUCAUCGUUAAAAUCCCCGAGGCCAUCAAGAACGAUGCUCGAACACUCAGUCUCUUUAGGGCGUUGCUGGUUGUCGUGUAUGCGAAGACUGUUUAUUGAUAAUUUAUAGAUUUUGUGCCAGCACACAUGCUCUUCUUUUCGUACCAGUUAAACGACAAAAUUACAAGUACAAAUUACAGUGUUGAUUAUUUUCAAUAAAAUCUUGGGCUACGAUUA